UCGACUAAACGUCUCGACCAUGUCUCGACCUAACAUUCAUUUAUUAGACCACGGCCUCUUAGAUUAGGCUAAAGUGGUACAGUACUGACGGGUCACAGUUAUGGGUACAGCGUGAUACAUCAUUGGUUCAGUUCCAUAGUUUCGUGUUCGAAGACCUAACCUUAAUCAUAAUAAUUAUUAAUUAUCAUGGUGCGAAGACACAAUAACCAACUUCCCGAAAAUUUACCGCAAUUACAAAAUUUAAUUAAGAGAGAUCCGAUAUCUUAUCAUGAAGAAUUUUGUCAACAGUAUCAACAUUUCAGGAAUGUUAUUGAAAUUUUUGAGUUGUCACCGGAACAGCCACAUAAAGUACUGGAUGAGCUGACAAUGUUUAUGGCCCAAAUAGCAAAUUGUUAUCCUAAGGAACUUUCAAACUUGCCCCAAACAAUUAUAAAUCUGUUAGAGAAACACAACACCAUUUUGGACAGUUCUGUUCGUUUACAAUUUUGUCGAGCAUUAAUUUUGCUACGCAGCAAAAAUUUAUUAACACCAACAGAUCUUCUUGAGUUAUUUUUCAAACUGUUAAGAUGUCAAGACAAGGAACUUAGGACAUUUUUACAAUCACACAUAAUUAAUGAUAUAAAAAAUAUAAAUGUAAAGCAUAAAAAUGCAAAACUAAAUACAGUAUUGCAAAAUUUUAUGUUUACUAUGCUUAAAGAUGCCAACGUGAAAGCAGCUAAAAUGUCAGUAAACAUUAUGAUUGAACUUUACAACAAAAAUGUAUGGAAUGAUGCCAAAACAGUAAAUGUGAUAGCGUCAGGAUGUUUUUCACAAACAGUCAAGGUAAUGGUUGCUUCCUUGAAAUUUUUCUUGGGUAAAGAUCCAGAGGAGAAUGUAGCAGAUUCUAGUUCAGAAGAUGAAAUAAAUCCUAAGGAAAUUAUGUUUUCUAAUAAAGUUAAUAAAAAAACAAGGAAAAGAACUAAACAUUUAAAUAAAAUAAAAAAAUUAGUUGUGAAAACUCAAAAAAGGAAGUCCUCAGCACCAGUGUUUAAUUUUUCUGCUUUACAUUUGAUUCAUGAUCCACAAGGAAUGGCAGAGAAACUUUUUAAACAGUUAGAAACCACUACAAAAAGAUUUGAAGUAAGGCUGAUGACACUGGAUGUUAUUUCUCGUUUAGUUGGUGUGCAUAAUUUGUUUCUUUUUAAUUUCUAUCCUUACAUUCAACGUUUUAUCCAACCUCAUCAAAAAGAAGUUAUUAAGAUAUUACAGUUUGCAGCCCAAGCAAGUCAUGAACUGGUCCCUCCAGACAUUCUUGAACCCAUUAUAAGAACAAUAGCUAACAAUUUUAUAACUGAAAGAAAUUCGGCCGAUGUAAUGGCAAUUGGUUUAAAUGCAACUCGAGAAAUAUGUGCCCGAUGCCCUCUUGCCAUGGAGGAAGACCUCCUGAAGGAUUUGGUCGCAUAUAAAACUUAUAGAGAAAGGCCAGUCAUGAUGGCUGCUCGUUCUUUAAUCCAACUGUUCCGCGCCAUUCGGCCAGAACUGCUUCAUAAAAAGGACAGAGGAAAGCCCACAGAUGCCGCUUUGGAAAUAUCGGAAAAAAAAUAUGCUCAAGUUGAUGCUAAAGAUUACGUUUGUGGAGCAGAAGUUCUUUUGAAAUCUGGGGAUAAACAAGUUGAAAUUGGUUCUUCAUCUGACAAUGAUGAUGAAGAAUGGGUCGACAUUCCUCAGUCAGAUGAAGAAUAUAUAGAAUUGCAUAGCGAGGAUGAUGAAGUAUCUGAGGAAAAGUUGGAACUUUUCGUAAAUAAAGAAGAACCCAAUGAUAAUAUCAUAGAUAAUAGUAAUGAUAACAAAAACGAAAGAAAGAUUGUGGUAGCUAAACGUCGUUCGAAUGAAAAAGACGUCAGGAAGGAAUUAGCCCAAAAAAUAUCUCUCCAUCGAAUUCUUACAGAUGAAGAUUUUAAAAAGAUAGACGCAGCAAAUAUACGAAAACAUAUUCGAAAGGCAACUAAGGGCGAAAAGAGAAAAUUUGAAGAAGCUUUAAAGGAGCCUGCAGAAUUAGUCAAAAUAGGUGACAUCGAAAACGUUUAUAAAAAAAAGAAACAUGAUAAACAAACGAGAAUCGAAAGUGUUAGGAAGGGGCAAAUGGAUAGAGAAAAAUUUGGGUAUAAGGAUGGAAGAGUAAAUUCUAAGUGUAGCAGAACUAAUAAAGAGAAAAGGAAAACUAAAAACUUCCAAAUGAUUAGAUUGAAAGAGCGACACAAAACAAAGAAGAGCUUUAAAGAAAAACAGGUUGCCUUGAGGAACUACCUCGUUAAGCAGAGAAGAAUGAAAUAAUUUCAGAUUAAUUGUUCUUGUUUGUUUAUUAAAUCCAAUAGCGCGAC